UUGAGGAGUGAGCACUUGAUCCAAUAUGACUGUGGCCAGAUGACACUAUAUGCUGAUGGUGGAGAGAUUCCUUUUCCCAGCAGAAGAAGUCAUCCUCCUCAUAUCCCAACUGGUACUCCCGGCUUUGAAAUUUUCACCUUCUAUCCCACCUAUGAUGAGUUCAAAGAUUUCAAAGGAUAUAUACAGAAGAUUGAGGCUGUCGGUGCUCACCGCAGAUCGGGAAUAUGUAAGAUUGUACCGCCAGAAGGAUGGUCUCCAAGGCCAUCGAAGAAGAAGUUUAACUACAAAGAUGAACAAGUAGAACAUUUCCUUAUACAAAGUCCAGUGAAAGAAACGAUUCAACGUCAAAGUUUUGCAGUGUUGAAGACAAAUAAUGUUUACAAAAAAGCUAUGACUGCUGGAGAGUUCCGUAGAUUGGCCACUAGCGCAAAAUACCGCAAUCCCCAUCCGGAAUUGCAAGGAAAAGCUCUUGAGGACUAUUACUUCAAAACCAUGGUCAACUCUCAUCCCAUCUAUGGUGCUGACACAGAGGGAUCAUUCUAUGAUGAGAACGUACCAGAAUUCAAUAUGAAGAGGCUUGGGACCAUUUUGGAUGAAACCAAAGAGCUCACCGGAGGAAAAGAGAUUAGAGGAGUUACCACUGUCUAUCUUUACUUCGGUAUGUAUGGAGCAUCUUUUGCAUGGCAUGUGGAAGAUAUGGAGCUUUACUCCAUUAAUUAUCUUCAUUAUGGAGCCCCAAAAUACUGGUUCGCCGUACCUCCGGAAGCUGCAACUCGCUUCGAAAGGCUCAUGCGGCAGCAGUUUCCUACAUACGAUCGCCACUGUAAAGCUUUCAUGAGACACAAGAGUUUCUCCGUACUUCCGACUCUCUUGGAUAUGCACAGGAUUCCUUAUGGGACGAUGAUGCAGCAUCCUAAUGAGUUCAUCAUUACAUUCCCUCAUGGUUAUCAUAUGGGUUUUAAUUUGGGUUACAACAUUGCGGAAAGCACGAAUUUUGCUACAGAUCGUUGGAUAGAUUUCGGAAAGAAUGCUGUUCUGUGUAAAUGCCGUUCAGACACGGUAGAAAUUGAUAUGACGCCCUACAUGCAGAAAUAUCGUCGGGAUGAUUUUGAAAAGUGGUACUCUUAUUGGUAUAUGCCUAAGGCAACCCCAUGCUUCGAUAGCGCUCAGUGCAGAAAAAGGAGGAAAGACGAAUAUGGUACCAUUAGACAUACAAGACAUUCAACCUCCUAUAGGAAAAGGCGGCGUAGAACCGAUGACGAUUUUACUGGAGGCUCGUCGUCUUCCGAUGAGUUCAUCUCUUUACACACGCCGUUGCCUCCGUCGCAGCUGUCCCCAUCUAUUCUGCGAGCUUCUUGGAAAAACAAUAUAUCCUUAUUAUGGGCGAAUGAGUCUGUCAACUUCUUUGCGGAGAAAGCUUUCAACCAGUCGGCUGCUCGUUCGUGGCCACAUUGUGCUGUUUGCCAGUACUUUCAACCACUUCACAUGUCGUCUUUUUCCAGAGAGAUCCCACGCAAAUCUGCUAGACUCACUUUUGGAUUUUGUUUUGCUAAAGAUGAACGUAGACUACCUGCGGUGGACUUGUCGGAGGAUAUGCUUAUAACUUGCUCAAACUGUGGAGUGACUGUACAUCCGUCAUGUUAUGGUGGACCCACUAAUUUUACAGAUGAGUGGCGAUGUUUGCGCUGUAGAGACUUUGACGAUGUUGCAAUUCGUGGAAGAUCUUGUCACUUAUGCGAAUUGAGAGGAGGCGCAUUGCUUCCAUGUCGAGCAGGUGCAGACAUCUCCGCUUUCGUACACACGAUUUGUGCCAUCUUCAAUCGUCGCACGGUUUUUAAUGAUGCGGGCAGCCCAACGUGUUGCUACACCCAUCCUCCACCGAAGCAGACAUCCCCCAAUGGAAUCUUAAAAUACCUUCCGCGGGAGUACGUCCUAGCGAUGGGCGAUGUUUACGAAUCUUCGCGUUAUCAGUGUGAUUUAUGCGGAAUUAGUCGCGAAGGUCUUGUCAGGUGUUCUGCUUGUGAUGAAGAUGAAGAUCCGAUUUUGGCGCACGUUACAUGUGCCCGACAAGCUGGCUUCUUGUUCGAACGUCGAAACUACCCACAAAUCACGGCGAUGGUUUGUGAUAGGCAUCAGAAAUGUGAAGAUGGACCUUUGAUGGAUGUUGAUCUCGGCGAUACAGUAAUAGCUUGGAUAGAUGGUGGCGCUUGUGUCCGUCAAGGCACGGUAGAACGGCUUGUUCUUCGAACUCUGCUAACGGUUGACUUCGAAGACGGAUCUGUGUCGGAUAAUGCACUAGCCAGCGAUAUUGUUCUAUGCAGUUGCAUAAGGCGAAAAAGAUGCUCAGAUGGUCAACAUCAGCCUGGCAGCAGGGUAAAAGUGCGCUGGAAUGAUGGUGAACUGUACGACGGCUACUACAGAUGUACGAUGAAAGUUGUGGAGUACACCGUUGUGUUCCGUGAUGGGACUUCUGCGCGGCUUCCCAGGUCCGAUAUCUAUGGAGAGGCGGAUGCGGUGCCUCAAGAAGUGCGGAGGAGAUUGCGGAAGUUUGAUUAGACUGAUUGCGGAAACAGAUCAAGCUACGGAGUUACAAGCUUUACUUAGGCACAGUUUCUCACUAGGCAUCAAUAGUCACCUAUCCUUGUCCUUCCACUGAUUUAGUCCGAAUUGUUGCACUUGUAUAACAGGUGUUUAAUUGAUUUCAGAAUGCGAUAUAUAGUCGCAGACUGUAUGUUUCCUUGUUCCUGUAUCUCAUCAGGCACUUCACUGCGGGUUUAGCAUGGCAAUGAACAUUGCUGUGUUUUUGCUGUUUUGCUUUCUUACUAGACUUUUCUAUGUUGGAGUCACAUUUUCUAAGUAAAGUUAGCUUGACUCUCCGCAAUCGAAAUUAGAGCCAUAGAUUUGUCAUUCUUGUCAAGUUGCAUAAAAUUAUUGAUUGAACACA